CUCGUCGGUGUCUUCAAGCGACGGUGGUGCGUGUUUCUGCGAGUGCGAGGUGAAGUGCAAGUCCGAAUAAUACCAAGGUGGCGGAAGUGUUCGACGUGACUGAACCACACAUUCAUUUCAAUUCAAUUCAAUGCUCCGAUGAGGUGAAAGCGAAACAAUGAGUCUGGCGCUGUAUAAAGUGUUGGCCAUUGUCGGUGUCUUUUGGCUGGUGAGCUGCACGGUGUUGGCCAUACGCAUUGAACAACCGGAACCCGUGAGCUUUGUCCGAAGCAGCGUCGAACGAAUACCAGCCCAUGGAUUCGAGAAGCAGGUAGCCGAUACGGAUAGCCAUGACUUUGGUAGUGAGUCACUCCCGCUGCGUAGUGCCGUCGAAAGUAUUCCGGCCAAUCUCAUCGAUGAACGUCUUCCGCUACGGGAUUCGGUAGAGUUCCGGAUCAUCGAUAUGGACGAUGCCAUUGAGGAUACGGUGAGCAAGGUGAAGCAUGUUGUUAGCAAGCAACAGUUAAAGUGGAUUACUACCUCACCGAAAACGGUUGCUGCCGAAAGCUUCAAGAGUUUCUUCCAAGGAGACGAUAAGUUCGCUGCCUACGUCAUACCAGCACAGCCGUCCAAUCGACCGAUGCCCUAUCGGGCAGGAUCUCCAUACCAGCAGCUGCUUAGUAGCAAGGAUAUAGUGAGCUCUCCGGUGAGUGCAUUGCAGUUAUCCUCCGCUUAUCGGCAAGCCGGUAAGGGCGAUUCUAACGUCGUCUGUCACAUGACAAGCUGGGGCUUCUAUCGUAAAGGGGAGGCCCAGUUUGUUCCGGAAAAUCUGGACGCCAGUUUGUGUACCCAUAUCGUGUACUCGUUCGCGUCGCUCGAUCCCAUCACUUUAACGAUGAAGGAGUUUGACAGUUGGGCAGAUGUGGAUAACAAUAUGUACCGCAGGACCGUUACUGCUGCCGGAGAUGUUCCCGUGUUGCUCGGACUAGGAGGAUGGACCGAUUCAGCGGGCGAGAAGUAUUCCGAGCUAACAGGAUCCUCUAGUAACCGUCUGAAUUUCAUCACAAAUGCGAUCGUGUUUCUGAAGAAACAUCGCUUCGCCGGACUGCACAUGGACUGGAACUAUCCGGUUUGCUGGCAGAGCGAUUGCUCACAGGGUUCGGCGAGCGACAAGAGAAACUUUGCCAAUUUGAUCCGCGAACUACGCAAAGCAUUUGAGCCUGAAAACCUCUUGCUCAGCACUAGUAUCUCCGGUUACAAGGAGGUCAUUGCUGUGGCCUAUGAUAUGGUGGAGAUAUCGAAACACGUCGACUUCAUGACUGUCAUGACGUACGAUUAUCAUGGAUCGUGGGAAGAACAGACAGGCCAUGUCAGUCCACUCUUCGGGAGCACCACCGAUAAGUAUCCACAGUACAACACGGAUUACGCAAUGCAGCUGCUGGUCAACAUGGGAGCUGAUAAGCAGAAGCUUAUCAUGGGGGUACCGAUGUAUGGUCAAACGUUUACAUUAGCUCAGAGCACACGGGGUGCACCAGGCGAGGGAAGUCCUGCUACAGGAGCAGGUGAUGCUGGCGAAGACACAAAACAACCCGGAAUGCUGGCCUACUACGAGAUCUGCCAAAGGGUGCGCAAGCAAAAGUGGACCGUUGGUAGAGAUGCAUCGAUGAAGUCGGGACCAUACGCUACCGACGGAAAUCAGUGGGUUGGUUAUGACGAUCCCGUUUCGGCAACGGCGAAAGCAAAGUACGUCAUCAAGUCUGGGUUCGGUGGUAUCGCCGCCUGGACGGUCGAUUUAGACGACUACCAGAACCGAUGCUGCGAGGAAAGCUAUCCGGUGCUAAGGGCCAUUAACCGCGCCCUAGGACGCUUGAAUACUCCCACCCCGAGUAGCAUGGACUGUUCGCGACCAUCGCGACCAGUCACUCCAGUACCGGCGGAGAUGACGUUUGGUCCGGAGAGUGGUCUUGGCAGUACUACUACCACACCGGCUCACUCACACACAACAUGGCCAUCAUGGACGCCAGAUAGUACAACCACUACCCGUAGAACCACAAUGGCUCCAACCACAAGCACAAGUACAACAACUACCACCGCAAGAACGACAACAACGCGUAGAACGACAUCGCCAAGUACGACUACCGACAGUCCACCGGCAGCUACGACGGUUGGCACAACAAUUCCCGUACCUGGCCUAAUAAUGCCGGAGCUAAGUAACGCCGAAAGCUGUGAAGCGAAUCAAUACAAGGCACAUCCAACGAAUUGUAACUCGUACUAUCGCUGUGUGCUGUCGGAGUUUAAGCAACAGUUCUGCGCUGGCGGUCUCCAUUGGAACGCGGAAGGUAAACUGUGCGAUUGGCCAGCUUCAGCGAAAUGUGAAAUGGACAUGGUAUCAACGGCGAGCACAGCAUCAACCACAGAGCAAUCUACAACAACAACAUCUACCUCGAGACGUACGACGACUUCCAACAGACGUACGACGACAACUACGCAAGAACCAAUGACUCGCCCUACUCGAAGGAAGACUACUCCCGCAAGGGUCCCAAACACACCCAGACCCACGACCAGACCUACGACUACAACAACAACAACUACUACUACUACUACGACCACAACUCCCGCUGCUCCAAUCAACGGUGGUCCGAUGGAAACAUGCCGGAAUGGAGAAUACUAUCCGCACAGGAACUGCGACAGUUUCUACAUUUGUGUCAACGAGAAAAAGGUGGAACAGCAGUGUGGUCCAGAUCUGUACUGGAGCCAGACGGAUAAAAAUUGCGACUGGGAAGAGAACGUAAACUGCGUAAGCAACGAGCUUUACUUCAGGCUCCUGCGUAAAUCGAGCGCCCUAAAGGUUCUAUCGGAAGACGAUCCCUGUGAUGGUAACACGCACGUUCCAUAUCCGGGCGACUGCAGUCAGUAUUUGGUGUGCAACUGGGGCCGUCUAGAGUCGGCUAGCUGUGCCGAUGGUUUGCAUUGGAAUCAACAGUUGCAUAUAUGCGAUUGGCCGGCUAAUGCCCGUUGCUCCCCGGGAGGAAUUCCCGAGAGUACGGAAAACAAUUCGGAUGAGAAUAACUCGUGGCAGAAUUCGAACCAGGAUAUAGAUGGUCCACAGUAUGUGGUGUCUACGACAGAAAAACGUCCCACAACAACAACAACCACCACGAGAACGACUACUACGACAAGAGCACCCUCCACACCGCCGCCAGUGCUUGAUCCACUGUCCGGGUACUACAAAAUGGUAUGCUACUUCACGAACUGGGCAUGGUAUCGGAAGGGAUAUGGCAAGUACACUCCGGACCACAUCCGAACCGAUCUCUGUACACACAUCGUGUACGGAUUUGCCGUGCUGGAUUACUCAACGCUGACAAUUAAGACACACGACUCCUGGGCAGAUAUAGACAACAAGUUCUAUACCCGGGUGGUGGCCGCUAAGGAAAAGGGAGUUAAAGUGACACUUGCCAUCGGUGGGUGGAAUGAUUCGGCUGGCGAUAAGUAUAGCCGCUUGGUGCGCAGUGCUUCUGCCCGUGCAAAGUUUGUGGAGCAUGUGAUCGGUUUCCUGGAGAAGUAUGGCUUCGAGGGACUCGAUCUCGACUGGGAGUAUCCCGUUUGUUGGCAGGUGGACUGUAAGAAAGGGUUCGCGGAUGAGAAGGAAGGAUUCACGGAGCUAGUACGGGAGCUUUCCGAAGCUUUCAGGCCCCGUGGAUGGUUGCUGUCUGCUGCCGUUUCACCCAGUAAGACUGUCAUUGAUGCCGGAUAUGAUGUGGCAGCGUUGGCAAAGUACUUCGAUUGGAUUGCUGUCAUGACCUACGAUUUCCAUGGCCAGUGGGACAAACAAACUGGCCAUGUCGCUCCGCUGUACUAUCACCCGGAAGAUGAAAUCGAUUUCUUUAAUGCAAACUAUUCCAUCAACUAUUGGAUUGAGAAGGGAGCACCAUCGAGAAAAAUCGUCAUGGGAAUGCCACUGUAUGGUCAAUCUUUCCAACUAGCAGAUACGAAGAAGAAUGGACUAAACGCUAAAGCCCCGGGGCCGGGACAAGCUGGCGAGUUCACCAAAGCGGCCGGAUUUUUAUCGUAUUACGAGAUUUGUGACCGUAUACAGAACAAAGAAUGGACGGUGGUGCAGGACUCGCUGCAGCGAAUGGGACCAUACGCCUACAAGGGAAAUCAGUGGGUGUCAUUCGACGAUAAGGAAUCAUUAUUGCGAAAGGUACAAUUUAUCCGUGCCAUGGAUCUCGGUGGUGGAAUGAUCUGGGCACUGGAUUUAGACGACUUCAAGGAUCGCUGCGGCCAGGGAAGUCAUCCUCUGCUGACUGCCAUUCGGGAAGGGUUGCGCGAUGCACCAACCGGUAACGAAGUGCUGCCAUCUGUGGUCCUUGGCUCCAUGGACAGCGACAACAACUCACCAUCGGCUACCCAGAAUCUCAACGGAAUCUCUUCGCCCGAAAAGCAACAGCCAGGAUCAAUGGACAGUGCCGAGAUCGAGGAGAACUUGGUUGAUGGAGAAAGCUACAAAGUUGUCUGCUACUUCACCAACUGGGCCUGGUAUAGGCAGGGAAAUGGAAAAUAUCUCCCAGAAGAUAUUGAUCCCCAACUGUGUACGCACAUUGUAUACGGGUUUGCGGUGCUGGAUCGGGAAGCGCUCACGAUCAAACCGCACGAUUCGUGGGCCGACAUCGAUAAUCGGUUCUACGAGCGUGUGGUGGAAAUGAAGAAGAAGGGUAAAAAGGUAACCGUUGCCAUUGGCGGAUGGAACGAUUCUGCUGGUGAUAAGUACAGCCGGUUGGUUAGAAGCGAACAGGCUAGAAAGCGCUUCAUUGAUAAUGUGAUGAAGUUCAUCGAGAAGUACAACUUCGAUGGGCUGGAUUUGGAUUGGGAGUAUCCGGUUUGCUGGCAGGUUGAUUGCAACAAAGGAUACGCGGAUGAGAAGGAAGGAUUCGCAAAGCUGGUGAAGGAACUGUCUUCUGUGUUUAAACCGAAAGGAUACCUACUCUCGUCAGCAGUCUCGCCAAGUAAGAAGGUCAUCGAUGCCGGCUACGAUGUACCCACCCUAUCGGAUUACAUGGACUGGAUAGCGGUGAUGGCCUAUGAUUACCAUGGCCAGUGGGAUAAAAAGACUGGCCAUGUGGCCCCGAUGUACGAGCAUCCGGAUGAUUUCGAUAAAACGUUCAACGCCAACUUCACCAUACAUUACUGGAUCGAGAAAGGAGCGGAUCCACGCAAGUUGGUCAUGGGAAUGCCCACGUACGGUCAAUCGUUCUCACUGGCGGACGCCAACAAUCACGAUCUGAAUGCCCAAACUUACGGUGGCGGUGAAGCAGGCGAUCAAACGAGGGCUCGCGGAUUUUUGUCUUAUUAUGAGAUUUGCGCCAAUAUUCGUGACAAAAACUGGAACGUCGUUAGAGACCGCAAAGGACGCAUGGGACCGUACGCGUACAAGGGCGAUCAGUGGGUUUCCUUUGACGAUCAGUACAUGAUUCGCCACAAAAGCCAGUUCGUGAAGGCGAUGGGUCUCGGUGGGGCCAUGAUCUGGGCCUUGGAUUUAGACGAUUUCCGAAAUCUCUGUGAUUGUGAGGAGUAUCCGUUACUGCGAACAAUUAACCGGGUGCUACGUAACUACCCCGGGCCCGGACCGAAGUGCACCCUUGGAAAGGGAAAACCCAACGAACCACCCAAAGAGCGUCCUACUACGGCCAUGACGACAGUAACCAACCGACCAACUACUUCGAAACCAAUGACCACACCUUCGACCACAACCACCAUGCGAACAAGUACGGCACGGGCAACAACGACAACGACACGUAAGCAGACUACUACUACCCGGACUACCGGCCGUCCUACGACCACAAUGCGAACCACAAGACCAUCUAUUGAUGCAAUAGAUACUGACAGCUCGAAAGGAGUGUGCGAUGGCCGAUUGUUCGUCCCUCAUGAAACGGAUUGCUCCAAGUACUAUGUAUGCACGCAUGGUAAACGAUAUUUGCAAACGUGUCCUGCGAACACUCUCUGGAAUGAUGGUUAUUGCGAUUGGGCAGAGAACAGCAAAUGUAAGAACAAGCAAGGCCCGGUAGCAUCAGUGACUCCAACUACCGAAGGUACCAGCUGGCAGUCUACGACAAUGCGAACUUCCACUCGACGCCCUUCUACUACAACGACCCAGCAGCAGCGGCCUACUAUGAAACCUUCCACAACCACCGUGGCUCCUUCCAAACCAGACACUCCACUGACCGGAAACAAUGACUACAAAGUCGUGUGUUACUUCACUAACUGGGCCUGGUACCGGCAAGGGGAUGGCAAGUACACACCGGACGAUAUUGAAAGUACACUCUGCACGCACAUCGUGUAUGGGUUUGCCGUGCUGGAUCGCGAAAGUUUGACUAUCAAAACGCACGACUCGUGGGCCGACAUCGAUAAUCGGUUCUAUGAGCGCGUGGUGGAGCAGAAAAGAAAGGGCGCGAAGGUAACGCUGGCACUGGGUGGCUGGAAUGAUUCGUUGGGCGAUAAGUACAGCAAAUUGGUCCGGGAUGCAGCGGCCAGGGCACGGUUUGUUAAGCAUGCCAUCGAGUUUAUCGAGAAGUACGACUUCGAUGGUUUGGAUCUGGAUUGGGAGUAUCCCGUUUGUUGGCAGGUGGACUGCCAGAAAGGAUACGCUGACGAGAAGGAAGGAUUCGCACGGUUAGUGCGAGAGCUGGCUGUCGAGUUCCGGCCGCGCGAAUGGCUCCUAUCGGCGGCCGUAUCGCCCAGCAAAAUGGUAAUCGAUGCUGGGUACGAUGUGCCUGCGCUGGCGGAAUAUUUCGAUUGGAUUGCCGUCAUGACCUACGAUUUCCACGGAAAUUGGGACAAACAAACGGGACACGUUGCGCCGCUCUACUACUAUCCGGGUGAUACGUACGACUACUUUAAUGCAAACUUUUCCAUCAACUAUUGGAUCGAAAAGGGCGCACCGUCGAGAAAGUUGGUCAUGGGCAUGCCCCUUUAUGGGCAAUCAUUUUCGCUUGCCGAUGCGCGACGAAAUGGGUUAAACGAUAAAUCGUACGGACCAGGGGAGGCGGGAGAAUUCACACGCGCUGGGGGCUUCCUAUCGUUCUACGAGAUAUGCGAGAAGGUCAAUCGUCGUGGUUGGUCAGUGCAGCGCGAUCCGGAAGGCAGAAUCGGACCGUACGCGUACAGUGGCAAUCAGUGGGUAUCGUACGAUGAUGUCGAUGAAAUACGGCGUAAAUCACAGUUUGUGAAGCAAAUGAACCUUGGCGGCGGAAUGGUAUGGGCGCUGGAUUUGGAUGAUUUCCGGGGAAAGUGUGGAUGCGGAACCCAUCCGCUGCUGAGAACGAUGAAUCUGGAGCUUGGGCGCAUCAGCACACAAUCGCCGGAAAAUUGUACCUAAGGGAAUCGGAAUCACGCACAAGAGCGAUGGCCGUAUGCGCUAUAUGGAUCGUCCUACGGAUUUGUGUCAUAAAUAAUCCUAAUUAGAAUGUAACAAUCGUGCAAAAUGUACUUUGAAAGUAACCUACUGCUACAAUAAAGAUAUGAGUAGA